CGCGCCCGCCCGCAUCUCGAGCCGCAAUUGUUGCUUGCGCCCGCGAUCCAGGCCACGUUCGCCGUUGCGACGCCGUCAGAGCCUGAUCCUGAGAAACUGGAUGCGUAAUAGCAGUUCCUGCCCUCCGACCCAACUCCGUUCCUGAAAGAACUGCACCACGCCUGCCGACGACAGCCUGCCUCGAGUGUUUCCAUCACCCACCGCCCUCCUCGCUGGACCAUGUCGUCGGCCGCUGUGCAGACGAGCGGGCCAGCCAUAUCAAAUCGAUCAUAUCAACAGCCGCAGUCACCACAUGGCCGCGAGCAGUACUACCCCCAGCAGUCACCGCCAGCUGCACCUCCGACUUCCUCACGCAAGCCGUCGCGACGGCCCAGCGGGAAUGGCGCGUCGCCCAACACUCCAACCACUCCCCUCACCGCUCAUCAAUCCCCAGCCGUGUCCAACAACUCGACUCUGAACACCCCCCGCGCGCACCCUCUUCCUCCUUCCACGCACUCUUCUCCAGUCGUGUCAGCGCCGGCUGUGUCUAUGGCCGCCGGAGCUCCCAUGCCCCCCCCGCGCUCCUCCUCGCACCGUAACCAAACCUCCAGCGCCACUUCUGGAAACAAUAGCCCAUCUACCUCUCGAGCAUCGCAGCCAGCUUCAUACGCCGAGGGAAGCGAGAAAGAGAGGAUACGCGAGGAUCCAACCCAGCCUCGCAGGAAGGGACAUUCGACAUCAAAGGACAGCCCGCGCCAUCAUGGCAAUUCUAGUAGAGCCAAGCCCUCCCCUACACAACCGGCUCAUAGUCGGUCUGCAACGGCCGUCGGCCAACCACCCACAGGCACUAAUCUCGCCCGCGAAGAGAGCACUGUUAUCAACCGGAUCGUGGUCGCGGACCCACAGGAAGACAUUGCUCGUGAGGAGAUGAGACAAGCUGAAGCACGGCCUGGGCCGGCGGGGGCUGACCUUACUCCUAUAACCGGCCUAGGAUUGGUAGGAAGUGAAGGUGUUGAUGAUGGCGGUCGAGGGGCUGGCAAAAGCCGGCAAGACCACUCAAAGUCGGAGAGUUCGGGAAAACGCUCAAGAUUCGGCAACUAUAUUCUAGGGCAGACUCUCGGAGAGGGCGAGUUUGGUAAAGUCAAGAUGGGGUGGAAAAAAGACAGUAGUGUCGAAGUCGCCAUCAAGUUGAUACGCCGCGAGACAUUGGGAUCGAACCAGAACAGGCUGCAAAAGAUUUACCGCGAAAUUCAUAUCCUCAGGGGCCUUGAGCACCCAAACAUUGUUCGACUGCAUGAAAUGGUUGAGACGGAGCGGCAUAUUGGUAUUAUAUUAGAGUAUGCUUCGGGCGGGGAACUUUUCGAUUACAUUCUGAACCACCGCUAUCUGAAAGACGGCGCAGCACGACGCUUGUUCGCACAGCUGAUUUCAGGCGUCGGCUAUCUCCACAAAAAGGGCAUUGUGCAUCGGGAUCUGAAACUAGAGAACUUACUGCUGGACCGCAACCGCAACAUCAUAAUCACCGAUUUUGGGUUUGCCAACACCUUCAAUCCUAACGACGAGCUUGGAGAAGAGAUCGAGUUUAAUCUCGGCAACAAAGACUAUGUGAGACAGAUGGGAUUAGAAGGUACAGAUGGAGCGCGUCGAGGAGAUCUCAUGCAAACCAGCUGCGGUAGCCCGUGUUACGCUGCCCCCGAGUUAGUUGUUAGUGACUCGCUGUACACGGGGCGGAAAGUCGAUGUUUGGAGCUGUGGCGUCAUUUUGUAUGCUAUGUUGGCUGGAUACCUUCCUUUUGAUGACGAUCCCGCCAAUCCCGAAGGAGACAACAUAAACCUCCUGUAUAAGUACAUAGUAUCGACUCCGUUAACGUUCCCCGAAUAUGUAACGCCGCAUGCAAGAGAUCUUCUUAAGCGCAUCUUGGUGCCGGAUCCGAGAAAAAGAGCUGACCUGUUCGAGGUGGCUCGACAUAGCUGGCUCAGUGACUAUGCCCAUGUCGUCAGUUUCAUCACUUCAAGCACAACAACAUCAAAUGAUAUCUCCAAAACUACGGUUUACUCAAAGGAUCCAUUUGAAACCCCUAUGCUCGCUCGAAGCGCAUCAGUCCGCGAACCAGGGAAGCCGCAUACAGCAGUCUCUCCGGUUGGUGGAUUGACAGCGAAACGCGAGCAGAUCAACAGGAAUAAUGAGCAGACCGAGAAGAGCAAGCCUGCACGUGACAACAAACGUCGAACCGUGCAGGUGGAGUAUGUUGCGCCACAGUCGCAGACUGUUCGUGGCGAGACAUCACCUCCUGCUGCUGCUGGGCCAUCGAAAUCUCGCGUUAAGGAGCAGGGACCAACUGAAGUGCCUCCGACGGACGGCUAUCAAUCUUCCACCACCAAUCCUCGGCAGACACGUCCUUCAGCUGCGCAGAAUACCAUCCCUGCGCCAACACGGCCCGCAAGAGAUGCGCAGAGAUCAGUCUCGGAUUACACCGCAUUCGGCACCAUACCUGUCUCAUCCACGAACAGGCCCUCGACUGGCGGCACCCUGGGUGGAGGUUCUCGUCUGCCUUCCAGGGGCAACUCUUACGGACAACCCGCCGCAGCGACAGUUGCUCAGACGAAUGCUGAGGGUCGCUUUUCGCAACCCAAAGGAACGCAAUAUUCCAUCUCGGCCCCAGUACCUCAACCCGAGACUUCGAUAGGCGAACCGUCUAUUGGACAGCCUAGCACUCAGCGAAUGCCGAAUACUCGGACAACAACGGAAGCGCCAGGUACCAAUCAAAAGGGUCAUAGACGUUCCAACACGUCAACCGAAUCAUCGCGUCGAACCUCGUUUGGCUUCAGUCGGAAGAACACCGACCAGUCGGGGGCUACGAAACCAUCGAGGCGGUUUUCACUUCUCCCUGCCUCGCUAUCCAAAACCUUUUCCAGCCACAGAGAUAGCAUGCCACCACCCAGCUCUCACUCUACCAAUGACCCACGUCGACCUAUCGCCCCAGCUCCUCGCAGUCGAGGUACGGCUAGAUCAGGAAUGGCAUUUGGCAGAGGUGAAAGCCGCUCUCCGAGCCAGAGCACUCAAGGGAGCAACGUACCGGGCUUCUACGACGGUCCACAUGAUAGUUCUUCGCGUUUAAAGGAUGCCAGAGGAGCACCCUCAUCUGCACCUGCACAGCAGACUAACUUCGACUACGCCCCACCUAUUGGCGACGAAAAGUUUCCCGGCCCUAGUGGACCUCAUCCCGCUUCCCAGGCCUAUCGCGAGCGUGAUCCUGAUAGGCCAUAUCGUCACGCUAAUGAUUCUCAAGCUUCAGAGCCGGUGGCGCCCGGCACACAGCAUCCCAAGUAUCCCGCCGGAUUCAACAGCUCCGAUGCACCUACCCCACCACGUGAACGGCCCGGUGUGCUACAGAAGAGUCGCAAGUUUGCAGACGCUUACGAAGAUCCCAAGCAGGGUCAUCACGUCGGAAGCUCAGGCUCGGCCAAACGAGUUAUGGAUCUCUUCAGGAGAAUAGGCAGGCAGAGAGGAAAAGAGGAUAGGUGACGAAACGGAUGUUGGAAGUGUAAUGUGGUAGUGAGAGUGCGGUUCGGUUAUUGCUCCAGCUGGCAUAUCUUAGACAGAGGAUGGGGAA